UCUCUACUCUCUACUAAUUAAGAGUUUGUUUUUGUGUUUUUCUCAAAUGGCUAGCCUGAAGCUCGUUUGUGCGUUGGUCAUGUGCAUGAUGGUGAGUGCAAAAAUGGCUUAUGCCUUAGACUGUAAAGAGGUGAUAAACGACCUGUCGCCAUGCGAAGAUUAUUUGUUCGGUAGUGCGGAUAAGCCGUCAAGCUCCUGCUGCAGUGGAGUCAAGAGCCUAAACAAUGCUGCCUCCACCAAAGCUCUACGCCAAGAGGCCUGCAACUGCAUGAAAUCUUUCGCUGAGAGCUACCCCUCUAAAAUCAAUGUUAAUAAUGCAGUUUCCCUCGCUAAGAAGUGUGAAGUCAAGCUUCCUUUCACCAUCAGCACCUCCACUAACUGCGCCAGCAUCAAGUGAAAUGCAUGAACUGGCUAUUUUCAGCUCCAAAAUGUCAUAGUUAUAAGAAUAAAAGAAGACACUUAUCCAGAAGGGUCUUCAAUUGCAUUACAUCUGUGAGAUCAUGUUAUGUCUCUUUAUUAGAUUAUCUGCUCAUC